GUUGUUGUAUGUACCACUUUACAAAAAUAAAAUGAAUUAUUAUCAUUAUUAUUACCAUUCAGAGCCUCAGACAAAAAUGCAGGCCUCUAUACAUAUUGGCAACUUUGUAUCUUCAAGCCUGUCUCAAAAUACAACACCGCCUCUUUAAGACAUAAAAAAGCUUUUUACCUGACACAUUUUUACAAGAUAGUUGGUUUUCUCAGUGUUCAAACACAUUUUGACAGAUGUAAUUCAUGACUUUUCCAUGACUUUUAACCCCAUUUCCCUGAUAAAUAAUUGGCGGUGUCUUUGAAAAAUGAAGCAUUAUGUGGUAUUGACUCUGGAAGGCUGCUGAUCCAAUGUACAAUCUCCUGCCAUUGUGCCUCCACAAAGUUAAAUAACUGCACUGGUAGGCAACUGUUUAAACACAUAAACACAAACCUCCAUCUGGAGAGCUACUGGGUAUAACUUUAGCUCAUUCAAUGAAUUCAGGGAUCAAAUGGCUCAAGUGGGCUACUUCAAAGCAAGGUGUUCUCUUUGGAUAUGUUAUCCCACUCUCUUCCCUUCUCCAAGUUUCUCCAGUGACCUGUAAGUGCAAGAACAUCUCUUCAUGUUAUGGACACUGUGUCACAUCCCAAGAGGGAGUCAGUGAAUUAGAUUGUUUUGGUAAACAUCUGAGCUUAAGUAGGAUCGGCUGGAAAUGUGUGUGGACACCUAUAAAACACCAAACACAAAGAUACACACUCUGUAUAGAACAGAAAACACGUAGCAGAAUGCAUGCAAACAUAUCGGAGACGUCUCAGACUAUUCGUCUGUCCAAAAAGUUUAACAUGACAGCUCAUGUAUUUGACAAGAGUGAUUUGAAGAGCUGCACAAAGACUGUUUUCAGAGGUUCACCUCAACAAUUGGUUCGAUGCGGCCCCCCAUCUAAUGUACACUUGAAUCGACAUUCAAGACAGCUGGAUAUCCAGGCCUCCUGGAGGAAGGAGGAGACCAAAUAUAUCCCUCUUUACUCUGUGAGAUACAAGGAGCUGAACAGCCCGCAAUGGAAAGAGCCACCAGUGCAAUCCAAGGAUAGAAAUAGGUGCACUGUGGGUAAUCUUAACUCCUCACUGUCCUAUGAGGUGCAGAUAGAGUGUGUGGCCAACAACGAAUGUACCCAGUGCCCUUGGAGCGAGGUUUUCACAGUCCCACCCGAACUUACUGACACGCCUGUCAUUGAGAUGGUAAAAGAUAGUCGUCCACAAACCAAAGGGAGGAGAUUAGUGAUCAUAAAAUGGAAGUUUGCAGCCAGUGAGUUAGCGGAGGGCUACAGUGUUUCCGUGGGGAAAGCCUCAGGAGAGGACCCUAUUGAGACCUUCAACACCAGCAGGCACCUACUCAUAGUGACCCUGUCUCACUCAGCCUACCACCUCAAAAUCACAGCUUUCAACGGGGCUGGGACCUCACCUGCAGCACAGAGCACUAUAUGGCCACUGGACGACAAAGACUUAUAUGGGAAGCUGAAUCUGACAUUCAAUGGCAACACGUCCUUUACUGUCUCCUGGGUGGAUGACCUGAUCAAAACCUACUCCUGCUUCUCAGUGGAGUGGUGGACGAGAGGAAUCAAAGCUGCUCACAAGUCCUUCUAUGAGGAUGAGAACAAUUAUGAAGUCAUACCAUUGCGCGAGCCAUUAGAGCUGUAUAAGAGGUAUACCUUCACUCUGCACACGAGGCCAGACAAAGAGCCCUGCAACCUGAAGUUCAUCAACAACAGCGAGAGCACCUACGGGAGCAUCCAGUCCUACUUCACUGAAGGAUCCCCAAUUAGUGCCCCAGGGAACAUCAGCAGCAGUAAUGUUACCCAGAGCUCCAUGGUGCUGGAGUGGACAUCAGUCCCUGAGAAGGACACCAGAGGUUUCCUGCUGGGCUACAUCCUCCACUACACAAAGAGCCCGGAUGACAGGAUAGACGUUGAAAAAAACAUCACUGUGGAUGCUGGUUCAACCAGCUACGAGUUGGUGGACCUACAAAGCAAUACUGUGUACCAAGUCCAGCUGUCUGCCUUCACUGCUGCAGGAAUGGGAGUGAGAAGCUCAGUUGUAUACUUCGAAACCAAGUCAACAGUAUCCCUGUCUAUUGGUGGUAUGAUAGCAGGGGUCGUUAUUGGAGCAACUUUACUCUUACUUGUGGUUAAUCUCGGCUCUUUGUUGUUAAAAAGAGCAAAGAGACUACUUUGGCCAAGUAUCCCUAAUCCUGGUAACAGCAAUGCCAUCCAGAAAAUAGAUGGGGUCUGCGAGCUGGAACUCCUGGAGCCCAUCAACAGACAGAAGUUAGAGGAAGAGGAGGGGGACGCCAGUCUGCACAUUGUUGACAGUAGAGAAGAAACGUCUCCCGUUAGCAACCUUCAUAGCAACACCGACUCAUGUCUACACCUCAGAGAACAUGAGGAGAAUCGAGGGCCUUCAAAGACAACCGCAGACUCUACCGAGCCCACUAAAGUAGACCCUCAAAUCAACGUGGGCUUGUGCCGAAGAAACACAGCCACAGACAGUAGCGCUCAAGAUCCCACUUCUGACACCAUUAAACCUACCACAGACACAAGACAGACAGACCCUGUCCCCAUUAGUGCGGUGGCCCACCAGUGCCAACAGUUGUCCUUUAUGAGUGAUUACACGACCAUGGAACUCUUCCAACAGGCUAUGACACAAUGUGUUCCAGCCACUAUAACAUUGGAACCCCAUGGCCAGUCAAGCCAGUCAGUGUACACAGACUCACCCCUGACCAGACCAGAGUCAGAUUACAUACACCAGUCCCUCCAUGAUACUGUCCUUCACCUGUCCCAAGGCAGCACAAGUCCAACUGAGGUGUAUUACACAGUUCUUUGAGAAUGUUGACUGUAGAUUCUAGAAUCUGCCUUUCUCACAGAUGCUGUGGAACAAUUCUCAGGCCUUUCAUCUAUGUAAAAAAGCCAGCUGCUCCCAUCAGUGUCACCCUGUUGACUAGCCUACUUAUAGUUCUGGACAUUAUUGGAUCGUCAUAACUCUGGAAUGAGAAACCUUUCAAUGACAUACAGGAACUUUAAAAAGCUGUUAUCCUAUCAAUACGUGUAUUAAGGGAUUGUUUGAGGAGCAGAAAUUUCCCAAUUGUUUUUUUGUUGUGGUUUUUAAUAAAAUCAUGAAUCAGAGACCAUUUUAUUCUCAGUUUAUGUAAACUGACAUAGACGGUCCAUAUUUCUGAUGUUGGACAGGUUCACUAACAAAGACAUCAAUAUAAUCUAUAGCAGGCUUUUACCCCAUGUUUCAUAUGGAUUUGGUAAUGGAUUAAACAAAUACCAUCACAUGGCAUUACAAGUAUAGUUGAGACUUAUUUGACGCAAAGUCUCUUUAUUGGAUUUCUUUUGGUUAGGAUAGUCUGAAAUAUAGUAGGUACUUUGUCAAAGGUACAGUUUCAGGACGAACAUACAAAAUAGAGAGAAAACAUUGAAGCAUUGUUUGCGAUAUCCUCUUUCAUAAUUUUCACACUUUAGUUGCCAACAUCUUUAACAAGUACAUAAAAGUGAGCCAACACCUUUUUGAACACAUGUUCUCUACAGUGUGUGUGUGUGUGUGUGUGUGUGAUAUAUAAAACACACAAUGCCUCCAGAAAGUAUUCGGUCCCCCUGACUUUCUUCACAUUUUGUUACGUUACAGCCUUAUUCGAAAAUUGAUUAAAUAAAACAAUUCCUCAGCAAUCUACACACAAUACCCCAAAAUGACAAAGCGAAAACAUGUUUGCAAAUUUACAUAAGUAUUCAGAUCCUUUGUUACGAGACUCAAAAUUGAGCUCAGAUGCAUCCUGUUUGCCAGAAUCAUCCUUCAGAUGUUUCUACAACUUAGAGUCCACCCAUGAUAAAUUCAACGAGUUGGACAUGAUUUGGAAAGUCAAACCUGUCUAUAUAGAAAAGUCCCACAGUUGACAGUGCAUGUCAUAGGAAAGACCAAGCCAUAAGGUCGAAGGAAUUGUCCGUAGAGCUCCGAGACAGGACUAUGACGAGGCACAGAUCUGGGGAAAGGAACCAACAUUUUUUUGCCGCAUUGAAGGUCCCCAAGAACA